AUGGAGAAAUCUAAAAACUUCCGCAUCGACGCGCUUUUGGCAGUCGAUUCUCCCAAAGUGCAGACUUCUCCGCUGGCUCUGGUAACUUCCCUGUCUUCCUCUUCCUCCCUCUCCAUCCCCACGUCUGGUUCCAUGGACUCUUUACGCGCCGAGUCUUUACGCGCAGACUCUUUACGCACAGAAACGCCGUCUCCACCGAGGAUUUCAAGCUGCGGAUUGAUCCCCAAACCUGGUUUCCUGAACAGUCCGCACAGUAUGCUCGGAUUACACCAUCAAAGCAACGGAGGAAUCCCCACCCAGGCUCUGUACGGACACCCCAUGUACAGCUACUCUGCUGCGGCUCUAGCAGGCCAACACCCCGCCCUGUCCUACUCGUAUCCAUCCCAUCAUCACCACAGCGACCCCAUCAAACUGACCGCGAGCACCUUCCAGCUGGACCACUGGCUGCGCGUGUCCACGGCCGGGAUGAUGCUGCCCAAAAUGUCCGACUUUAACUCCCAGGCGCAGAAUAACUUGCUUGGUAAGUGCAGAAGACCCAGAACUGCUUUCACCAGUCAGCAGCUGCUGGAGCUGGAGCAUCAAUUCAAGCUGAAUAAGUACCUGUCACGACCGAAGCGCUUUGAAGUGGCGACCUCCCUCAUGCUGACAGAAACUCAGGUUAAAAUCUGGUUCCAGAACAGACGUAUGAAGUGGAAGCGGAGCAAGAAGGCCAAGGAACAGGCGGCUCAGGAGGCCGAGAAGCAGAAAGGAGGAAAAGGAGGCCAGGACAAAUCUGAGGGAACGGAUAAGUCGGACUAUAAGAGCAAGACGGACUCAAAAAACGGAAGAAUCAGAGACUUUAGAGACAGUGACGACGACGACGAGGGGGACACCUUCCUGUACAACUCGUCAGACUGCUCCUCAGAGGACGAGGCGAAUCACACCAGUGAUAUCAGUCCGCAGCCUUGAAGCUUGGGAAAAACGUGGAGAUUUGUAAUGACUGUGGGGGGGUUUCGCUAUAUAAAAAAAAAAUGCAUGCAAUCCAACCUCUGAUCACUUCCUUGGAGCAUUUGUUUGUCAUGAAAAAAAUAGGUCAAGAAUAUAAGAUCAUUGUGUCAUAAAGCAGCAGAUUUAGGGUUUAUUUCAGGAGCAUCUCCACUGUAAACUGUUGCAUGGCUUCAAUGCAAACUGCUGUGGUUCAGUAACACCUCACAGCUCAUACAGUAAAAAGUCAUUUGUCUUUUUGUUCCUUGUGGUGUUCCGUAGCUGAAAAACAAUGUUAUGUUUAUUUUUCUACACUGUAUUUAUAAAUCCCAGUGCAUGCUAACUUAUUGUUUAGCGUCUCUCA